AAAAAAAAGAAAGAUUCAUUCAAAUCUAUGAAAUUAUUUUCAGAAUAAAACAUCUUCAUUGAAUGAUCUUCAUUGUUACACUAAACUAAUUGAAUGUCACGUAAACGACCAUCAUUUAUGGUACAUGAUUUAUUAAAAGAAACUGAAGUCACAUUGAAACAUUGGCAACGUGAAGAGAUUUUCAAUUUUCCAAUUAAAAAAAAAGUUUUAUUAGAUGAUAACAAUGAUGAUGGCGAUGAUGAUGGUGAUGAUGAUGACGGUGAUGAUGACGGUGAUGAUGGCGAUGACAAUAUCAGUCAUCAUAUGGAAGAGAUUGACAACUUCUCUAAAUUGUAUAGUAAUAAGAUCAAUUUUAUUAAUCAACAAUAUAAAUCUCAUCAUUCCAGUUUAUUUAAUGUAUACACAAGUAAUUGGGAUAAUUGUUUAUUUAGUGUAAAACAUACAAUACCAUUGGAUAAAGAAGAUCUAUUGAAUAAUGAAAAUGAAAAGGCUAAUCAUUCGAAUUCAAUGUAUUUAACAACAACAUCAUCAUCGUCAUCAUCAACAUCAUCAUCGUCAUCAUCAUCAGCAUCCUCAGCGUUGACAACAAAAUUUAAUAAAACGAAUGAAAAUGAAAUUUUAUUUUAUCAUGAUAAUAUUAAUAAAAAAUUAAUGAAAAAAUCAAGAAAAGCAAGAACAGCAUUUACUGAUUAUCAAUUAACUGAAUUAGAACAAAGUUUUGAUCGUCAAAAAUAUUUAGCUGUACAAGAUCGAAUGGAAUUAGCAACUAAAUUAAGUUUAUCUGAUAGACAAGUUAAAACAUGGUAUCAGAAUAGAAGAACAAAAUGGAAACGUCAAACAGCUGUUGGUCUUGAAUUAAUGACAGAAGCUGAAAAUUUUGUAGCAAUUCAACGUUUAAUAGAACAAAGUCCAUUUUGGGCAUAUCAUCCAACAGUUAGAUAUAUUUUAUCAAAUAUAGAUCUUAUUCAUAAAUCAUCAUCAUCAUCAUCAUUAUCAUCAACGGUUACAACAACUACAUCAACUAUGGCUACAUUAACAACAACAAAACCAAUAACAGUUGGAAUAUCAUUAAAUAAUCAUGAAAAGAAUUUACCAUUUUUCCAAGAUCCACCACCACCACCACCGCCAUUAGUAACAACAAAAACAGAGACAAAUGAGUUGACAACAACAAGUUUAGAUAUCGAUAAUCAUCAUCAUCAUCAUCAUUAUAGACAACAUCUUCAAAGUUCUAGGAUUAUAAAUACAUUACCAAUUACAACAAACUCAUUACAUAAUGACAAUAAUAUUAAUAUCAAAUCAUCAUUAUUAUGUAUCCCUUCAUCAGAUAACAAUAUUUCAUUACAUACAAAAUCGAUUAAUUCGGAACAAUUAGAAAUGAGAAAGAAAUUAAUUAAUUUAUCUAAAAAUCAAUCAAUAUCCAAUCAAACAUUUGAUCUACAACAAUUAUGGUCAAUCAAAUCAUCUUUAAAUCAAUCAAUCAAUAAUGAAUGUUUACAUCUUCCUACAUCAUUAUCAUUAUCUUCAUCUGUUACAAGUAUUUGUAAUUCUUUAAUUGAAGGUACUUGA